AAAAUGACUAUAAAUAAUAAGUAUCCUCAACUGCUCGCAUGCGUUCAAGCGAGUCAAAAUAUUACGAACGAUCAUGCUCGAUCUCGAAUAGAGUAGUGGAGCCGGUUUUCAUCGCGCUUCUUUCUCUUCGGCCAGUCUCGGAUCGUCCUCAGUUCGUGCCGGAACAUAUCUUUCUUGAUUUUAUGCGCCGAAUAUUCAUAUCAAAACAUGUUCAAAAAUCUUGUUUAAUAUUUAUAUAAAUUUUUAAAAUUGACGUGCGCGUGAGUGUUAACGUGAUAAUACAUUGCGCUAUUGAAAAAUUUUCCAGUUGUACUUAAGAAUGCACUCCGAUAUAAUUGCUUGCUAAGGCAGAGGCUUAACGACUUGAUUAAAUGUUUUUGCUUGAUUAUAAACAGUUAGGUUUGCAGUUUGUCGAUGAUAUGAACACGGGUUGCAAUUGAAAAUCUCUAGGAAUUUACGCUCUCAUGAUAAACUUACAGAAUAGUGACUGAUACGAUUAAUAGAAUGGCAAGUGAUAUGACAGAUCAGGGCUGGGCAUGGGUGAUUGUCGUUGGCGUGACCAUUAUCAAUCUAGCCGUACUUCCAGUCCAGCAAUGUUUCGGCCUUAUCUUCGCAGAACGUUUCGCAAGUCUCGGCAUUACUGCGACGCAAACAAGUCUAAUUCUUCAUCUUAAUGGAACAAUAACAUGCAGUCUCGGUCUUAUAAGCGGUCCAAUGAUGAAGAAAUUCGCUUUUCGCCAGGUCGCAUAUUUCGGCAGUCUGACAGUCGUUCUCGGAAUCUGCGCCGCUGCCUUCGCCGUGUCUCUCCCAACUCUUAUUAUCACUUAUUGCGUUAUCAUUGGAAUCGGCCAAGGAAUUCUUUUUCCAGCGACAACAUUAGCUCUGAACACAUAUUUCCGCAAGAAACGCAAUGUAGCCAUGGGUUUUUCAAUUACUUUAACUGGUCUGGGUCCAAUUUUAAUGCCCCUUUUAAUAGACGUACUUCUUGAAAAUUUUGCCACGACCGGCACUCUCCUGAUCCUUGCUGGAAUCGCUUCACAUUCUCUUAUGGGUGCAUCGUUAUUAAAACCGUUUAGAAAGCAGACAGAGCAAAGUGUUCUGAUGGACAAAAUUGUUAAUAUAUCGAAAGAGGAAAAUUCAUGUGUUGAUAAGACAAAUGUGGAAAAUGCUAUUCAAUGCCGAUUAUUAAAUAAACGGAAUGCUGAAGAGGAAAGACAAUCGAACUAUUAUUUUGAGAACAGCGAAACAGAAGUGAAAAGAAAUAAACAAACUUCGUUUCUUAAAAAAAUUGUUGCAAAUAUGGACCUCGAUCUUCUUCGUGAUAAUCAUUAUAUAGCGAUAGUAUUAGGUAUGAGCGUUUCAUUGGUGGCCGAAACGAAUUUCAAUGCAACGAUACCUUUCGUCCUAGCCGAAUUGGCGAAUCUCGACAGAACGUCGAUAGCUACAAUAAUGUCGAUUCAAGCUGCCGCAGAUAUUAUGGGACGCCUUUGUAUACCGUUGUUGGCACAAAAAACAGGCUGGACCUGCAGGAAUCUUUAUGUGCUAUCUCUGCUGGGAUCAAUCUUUGGAAGGACUAUUCUAUCGACAUGGGGUGAUACUUACAUCAUUGUAAUCGGAGUAGCCCUGAUCAUCGGAUUGGCGAAGGGAACCAAAGCUGUCUUCCAAGCUCUAAUCAUUCCUGAUUACGUACCAUUGGAGAGGUUACCGGCUGCAUCCGGUAUUCAGAUGGUUUGUAAUGGCAUCCUGUCUAUCAGCAUGGGACCAAUUAUCGGUAAAGAAAAAUUUUAA